UCCCCCUCCUGUCCUCAGCACCAGCCUGCCUUUUCCUCUAUUAUUUUCCACUCUGCUUCUCGCAGUUUAAAAUGGCGGCGUUGAGCAGCGCCGAGUCUCCACCGCCCGUCUUCAACGGAGACGCCACGGAGCGGGAGCCGGGAAGGGAGAGCGGCCUGGAGGAGCUGGGCCCAGGCUUGGACUCUUCGUGCUCCUCGGGGAUUCCCGGAGGUCCGCAGGAGGAAGAGAUCUGGAACAUCAAGCAGAUGAUAAAGUUGACACAGGAACACUUAGAGGCUCUGCUGGAGAAAUUUGGAGGCGAACACAAUCCUCCCUCCAUAUAUUUGGAGGCAUAUGAAGAGUACACCAGUAAACUGGAUGCCCUGCAACAGAGGGAGCAGCAGCUACUGGAAGCCAUGGGGAAUGGCACAGACCUCUUCUGCACCACUUCCUCUAUGUCAAGCCUGUUGGAGGUCAAGAUGGGAGGUGAUGGAGUUGGAGGUGGAGCUCAGGCCCUUCCCUCAGUCCCCAACUCAUUAGCAGUCCUGCAGACACCCACCGAUACUGGGCGGUCCAAUCCACGCUCCCCCCAGAAGCCUAUUGUUCGUGUGUUCUUGCCAAACAAACAGAGAACAGUGGUCCCAGCCCGCUGUGGGAUGACUGUGAGGGACUCACUGAAGAAAGCUCUGAUGAUGCGGGGUCUCAUUCCAGAGUGCUGUGCAGUCUAUAGAAUACAAGAUGGAGAAAAGAAGCCUAUUGGCUGGGACACAGACAUCUCCUGGCUGACUGGAGAGGAGCUCCACGUGGAAGUGUUGGAGAAUGUGCCACUUACCACACAUAACUUUGUGAGGAAGACCUUCUUCACAUUGGCCUUCUGUGAUUUCUGUAGAAAGCUGCUGUUCCAGGGUUUUCGCUGUCAGACCUGUGGCUACAAGUUCCAUCAGCGCUGCAGCACAGAGGUUCCUCUCAUGUGUGUCAACUAUGACCAGCUAGACUUGCUGCUUGUAUCAAAGUUCUUCGAGCAUCAUCCGUUCAGCCAGGAAGAGGUCUCCUCAGAGGGAACUACACCCGUGUCUGAGCUCUGUCCAUCUCUCCCCCCAUCGGACUCCACCGGCUCUAUAUACCACACUACAGUGUCCCCGUCCAAGUCCAUCCCCAUUCCAAAUAGUUUUCGGACCAGUGAGGAAGAUCACCGCAAUCAGUUUGGUCAGCGAGAUCGUUCGUCCUCCGCCCCCAACGUCCAUAUCAACACCAUUGAGCCUGUCAACAUUGAUGAUCUUAUUCGUGAUCAGGGCUUGCAGAAGUCAGAUGCAGGUUCUACCACUGGGCUGUCUGCCACACCUCCAGCAUCUCUUCCUGGCUCACUGACCAAUGUCAAAGCACCACAGAAAUCACCAUGCCAACAAAGGGAACGCAAGUCUUCGUCGUCGUCUGAAGAUCGCAAUAAAAUGAAAACAUUGGGUAGAAGAGACUCCAGUGAUGACUGGGAGAUUCCAGAAGGUCAGAUCACUCUGGGUCAGAGGAUAGGCUCUGGAUCCUUUGGAACUGUCUUUAAAGGAAAAUGGCAUGGUGAUGUGGCUGUGAAAAUGCUGAAUGUCACUGCUCCCACUCCACAGCAGCUUCAGGCCUUCAAGAAUGAAGUGGGCGUCCUCAGAAAAACGCGUCACGUGAAUAUCUUGCUGUUCAUGGGUUACACAACCAAGCCCCAGCUGGCCAUUGUGACCCAAUGGUGUGAAGGCUCCAGUCUGUACCACCAUCUUCACAUCAUUGAAACCAAAUUUGAGAUGAUCAAGCUGAUUGACAUCGCCCGGCAGACUGCUCAGGGCAUGGAUUACCUACAUGCCAAGUCCAUUAUUCACAGAGACCUGAAGAGCAACAAUAUUUUCCUGCAUGAGGAUCUGACUGUGAAGAUUGGCGACUUUGGUCUAGCCACAGUCAAAUCUCGCUGGAGCGGCUCCCACCAGUUUGAGCAAUUGUCUGGGUCAAUACUUUGGAUGGCUCCAGAAGUGAUCAGGUUGCAGGACAAGAAUCCCUACAGCUUCCAGUCAGAUGUGUAUGCUUUUGGCAUUGUGCUCUAUGAGCUCAUGUCAGGAGCUCUGCCCUAUUCCAACAUUAACAACAGAGACCAGAUUAUCUUCAUGGUGGGUCGAGGUUACCUUUCUCCAGACCUGAGCAAGGUCCGCAGCAACUGUCCUAAGGCCAUGAAGAGACUAAUGGCAGAUUGCUUGAAGAAAAAGAGAGAAGAGCGACCUCUCUUCCCCCAGAUUUUGGCAUCCAUUGAACUGCUGGCUCGUUCAUUACCCAAAAUCCACCGCAGCGCCUCUGAACCUUCCUUAAAUCGAGCAGGCUUUCAGACGGAAGACUUCAGCCUGUACUCCUGCGCCUCACCUAAAACUCCUAUUCAAGCCGGAGGUUAUGGGGAAUUUUCUGCAUUCAAGUAAUUACAGCCAGCACAAUAGUCCAUCUCUCAUCACCUUUCAAAUGUCUUGUCCUCUUGCAAUGGAUUCAUCUAUUCCUGGAAAAUAAUAAUAUUAAAAAAAACGGUCUUGAAGAAUGUGCAACUUUCUUCCUUGGCCUGCCAUAAAGGAGAUGCAUCCACUAAAGGUUCUUUCACAACAAAACCAGACAGAUAAGGGAUUGAAGAAAAACAAGAUGCAAGAUUUUUGGACAAAAUUGGUUUUCGAUGAAAAGCCCUGAACUCCAUAGAUCAGUUUGUAACUUUGAAGCAAAGCUGAAAUUGUUCUGGCAGCUGAACUGAUGGACAGCACAGCCGUGCCAGAUGAAGACACCUCUUGUCUGCCACUAGUCCCCCAAAUGAAACCAGUGUGAUUUUCUUGAAGGAUGUUAACAUGAACAUUGUUUUUCACUUCUCACCCUUUCAUAUUAUCGCUACCUUUUGCUUAGAGCACUGUCCAUCUGAAAAGCCAUUUUAGAGGAAAAAUUGCUCGGAAUUGUGCCACAGGCUGUCUGGUGUUUCUUUGACUCUUUGUGAUCUUAAUUCUGCAACAGAAAAAAUACUGUUUUGCCCUCACGUUUGGACUAUGCCAGUGAUAAGAAACAGAAACUCAAAUCUAGAGUUUUUGUUAUUUUUGAAAGAAUUUCCAACUCCUCUGUAAACUUGCUGGUCAGUUUCUCGCAGCAGAUUCUAUUAGUCAAAGUUCUCGUGCAGAUAAUUUCCUUCUACCUUUUAUCCGACUUUGGGAUUAUCUAGCCUCGUUUCCCAAAGCAGUCAGAAGCCCUCCAACUAACUGAACCAUUCAUCAUUCUGGAUGAGACAUUUUUGAAGUAUCUACACUGCAGAAGCUCCUCCACACUAUCCCUCGAUUCAAACUUUCCAUUCAUUCAUUCUCGAUGACUCCUGUUUACUUUGAAUGAGAAUGUUCGUAAGAUUGAUGAAGGGAAAAAAAGGCAGGAAAAUUCAAAUAUUUUGUUAAGUCGUAUCAGUACACCAAGUUAUAGUAUCCCAAAUUAAAAGCGGGAGGGUUUAUGUAGAGAGUGAAUGAAUGAACACUGAAUGCAAGUCUCGUGUACAGUGCUGAUGGCCUCUUUGGGCUUCCAGAUUGUUUCCCCAGGUAGUCACCAUCUCUUCCUUCCUCCACUGAAUGAAAAAGUUCAUUCAGUGGAAAUUUACACUCUUUAAAUUUCGGACCCAGCUUUUUGUUGCCUAUGAUUGAUGGCUAAGAGUGUUAUCUGCAUAAUAAUCCAGGUCUCUAACCUUCUUUUUUAUUUUCUCUAUACAAUGCUCCAUCAUUCAUGUCAUUGUGUGUUGAAGGAUUGAAGGCGUUAAUAUUGGUUCCUUGAAUUUUGUUUUUAUUGUUUUCCUUCUACUAUACAGGCAGGCCUGCAGAUUUUGACAUAUUUAUAAUAGUUUUUUCUUUGUUUUUUGAUAGCUUUAUACUCACAAUAGUUCAGUCUUUCUUUUAAUGCUUGUUUUAGUCAUUGUGACCUGUGUAUUUGCACUUUGUAGAGCGACUAAGCAAUUGGCCUUUGUUUUUCCUCUUACCUGAAGAAUGAGUUACAAUCUGAAAAGCAGAUGAAUCUUGAUUUAAGUGCCACUUAGUCAUCUACAGAAACAGAAGUGUGGUGAAUAUUGAGUUGCACACACUCAGAAAUGGUGUUUCAAAAAGUGAAGUCUAACAUAGCACAAAAAGCUUUCAACCUUGAUCUUGAUCCAUCUUACCCGUUACUUGCACUUUUCUUUUUGUUACUUUCCUCUGAGCUUUGGUUCUCGUUCCCUCAUCAAAUGUUUAUAGUUUUUCUGGCUGAAUUGGAAUAAACUCCAUUAAGCCACCACAGGACUAUAAAACAUCUACAGGAUUAAUGCUAUAUGCUCUUGUCUACGCAGUGCUGCUAUCUUUCGUUGCAAACUACCCAGCAGAGUCCAGAACUGUGAUUGGUGUAGAUACUAAAUGGAACAGCUAGCAGUCUGAGCCACAGAAUUGAGGGGCAAAUGGAGCAACAAAGCUAAAAAAGCAACAUCUUUUAUAAAAAGGAUCAUGUGAUACUCUCUGACUAGAGAUCUAUAACUAGAAAAAAAAUUUCCAACUUAUUCCCAUUGCAAAAAUCACAUAUCAGUGUUUGAAUCACCCUAACAUGAACAGCAUCCUCAGAGAGAACACUGAUUAACGAGUCUGACCAACUUUCAAAAAUACAAAAAAGCUUUUUAAUUUGUCUGUCAUCAUCCAGCUGUGGGAUAUGACUGAGAAUGUUUCAGGUGUAGAUGACCUCCAUGAAAUAACAUUAUGAAAGGUUGAUGGUGGAAGCUAAAUAUAUUUUAAGCUAGGAAAUCUUGAAAGAAUAGAAGCAGUGGAAGUAAAUCAUGCAUAUUAUUCAAAGCAGAUAUAGAACUGAAAAUCUACUUCCUACACAGUCAGAGCCUUUGGAACCGAUAUGCAGGUCUAUACCUUGGUAAUGUCAUGUGGGCCCACAGGGGCACUGUUGUCUGACAGAAAACACGACAUGCUCUCUGGCUAUGCAGGACAAGGACUUACUGAGCUCUCUCACUAAACCCAAAGAUCCUCAGAAACAUGAGUGAUCUUUAUGAAAGUGAAUGAAGAGGAAAAAUUUGUCCUGUUCAAGCUUCUUCUCUUUGUUGUCAUUGGCUAUGCUAACUAUCCUGAGCAUUCAUGGCAGGCUCUGUGGUAGUGAACUAAUUGUAGUGUAGAACUAGCUGUAGCUCAUCUGCCUUCUACUAAGGCACAUGAGCUUAUUUUUUUCAGAGUAUCUGUCCAUACAACAAAUAUGUAAAACACAGUAUCAAUAUUUCACCUGACAAUUAGAUGCAUCAGCAUCUAUUCCGACCCAAAGUCUUUGAUCAAAAUGAACGAGGGACUGAUUAUCUAUGUUCAUCACGGUUUUAAGUUCCCUACCACCUGCGCCAUUAGCUUGAAGUGGCAUUCAGGACCAAAUUAUGUUCUGAUGAAAAACAAAACUGUUGAUAGUUAGGGCAGGGUGUCAGUAUCCUUAAACUGUUUACAUAUUUUAAUGUUGCCAAGUUGAACCAUCAUAAGAAAAACAUACUUAUGAUGGUCUGAAUCUUGAAUCAGAAUGAAAGAGGGAAGACUUUAAGAAAGUAUUGUUACUUCUUCAUAUGAAGCAGGAUGUUUCAGGUAACUGUUAUUGGAUGAAUGUGCUUGCAUAGAUCCAUGCACAUCAGAAAAACAUUACUGGUCAAAACCAGAAUAGUAAUUACUUUCUAGUGAAUGCUGCCAGAAUGUUAUUAUUUUCAAUAGUAGUUUUUGACACAGUCAUUUGCUGCUACAGGAAAUACAGGCAGACUUGGUUUACAGUAGCGCAUAUUUAAUUUAGUGGGUAGGGUGUCUGUCGGUUAGAUCUUCAAGCUACUGAAUCUCAUUCAAGUUUUUGUUUCUUCAUACAAUAUAAAGACUAAGUUAUUACUGUCAUAUUGGCUGGUUAUUGUCUAAGUGUAGUUUUAUUUUGUUACUCCUCAGAUGCUUCAGAUCACUUUUCUGACCAAGCUUUUCUACAAGUUCAAGUUCUAAGUUCAAGACUGAAGGUAUGGUUUUUAAAUAACCAUUUUGAAAUUGUGGAGGAAAAUUAAACUCAAAACAUUGGCUUUUUUUAUCACUGUCCAUUACCAUCCUUCUUUUGCAGUCAAAGUGAAGUCAAAUAAGUGAAAAUAGCUUUCUGUGUCACUGAGCAGCUAAUCUCUGUGAAGCACAAUUGUGUUGAGCUGAAUUGAGAUACACACAUCCAAUUAGAACAGUCUAAACAGAAAGAUAUAUCACAUCUUGUAUACACUUCACAAACGUGUGUGUUUUGCUCUUUACCUCGUAAAGUGUUUGACCCAAUUUAAGAUCAUAACUGCGGUAAAACUAUGAGCUCCUAGUUGACCUUUGUCCGAGUAUAGCUUUUGUUCUUGUCCCGAGGUUUUGGAAGCAUCCUUCAGUGUUUGUAUUUUCUACAGCUGCUUACAUACUAUGAGACCUGAGGAAGCAAGAGCUGUUUUAAUUUCUGUCAUGUUACUUUUUUUUUGCAAAUAUAAUGGAUAUCGGCAAAGCUUUCAAAUUACAUGUCAAUCUACGUUCCUACCCUCAUCUAUUAUCAUAAGCUUUGUGUAAUGACCAAGAGAACAAGAUACAAGCACCCAAAAUGAGAUAAGUGGGAGAAAAUGAAUGGAUACAUCAUUCUGGGAGUAAAGAUUGACUCUGACCCACUUUCAGUUUGGUCUUUUCCAUAUCUUGUGUUGUUUUUCUUAAAGAACUCCCGACUGUCCUUCUAGCUUGCACCUUUAGUUAAUUUCAAGUGUGACCUUUACAGCUAUUUUUUCAUCUGUAAAUAGUUGUAAAAAGAAUAUACCGUCAGUUUGCUAGAAGGCAUGGAGAAUUUAAAUGUAACAAAUUCAUUGAUGCUCUAAUCUAAGACAUUUUGAUGAGAUAGUAGUGUAAAAAAUAUUUAAAGUUGUAAAUAUAGGGGGAAGGCUUUAUGUAUUAGUUGUGAAUAUGAAAAACUGAUAUAUUAAAGACAUGCAUGAACGUACAA